CCAGAUUUUGAACAAAAUAAAAGCAAAAUCUGGGAACCUCUGGACCGAAACGGAAUACCAAAAAACCAAACCCUAGAUUUCUUUGCCGCUGAAAGGGAACAAUUCGUCUUUGGAAAGUAGUUUUCAGAUCCAAAUAUUACCUGCGAAGCGUUUAAUUUUGAUCUUUAUAAGCCAAGAUACUGCUCAGUUACAGUGAUUUAAAGUAGAAAGAAACCUUGGGUUCGGUUUGUAUUUGUGAGAUCUUGUGAGAUAUUUAUCUUCUUGUAGGAAAAGAGGAUCGUCAAGAUGAUGUCCAAAUCGUAUACCAAUCUUUUAGAUCUAGCGUCCGGUAAUUUUCCGGUAAUGGGCCAAACCCGUGAGAAGAAGCGAUUGCCACGUGUCAUGACUGUACCAGGGGUGAUUUCUGAGCUUGAUGAUGAUCAGGCUAAUAGUGUCACAUCGGACGUACCUUCUUCUGUUGUUCAGGAUCGGAUCAUCAUUGUAGCUAAUCAACUGCCUGUGAAAGCUAAACGAAGACCUGAUAAUAAAGGAUGGAGUUUUAGCUGGGAUGAGGAUUCAUUGUUGUUGCAAUUGAAAGAUGGCUUGCCCGAAGAUAUGGAGGUUUUGUAUGUGGGUUCUUUGAGGGUUGAUGUUGACGCAAAUGAACAAGAUGAUGUGUCGCAACUUUUGUUGGAUAGAUUCAAGUGUGUUCCAGCUUUCUUGCCACAUGACAUUUUGUCCAAGUUUUAUCAUGGAUUCUGUAAACAGCAUUUAUGGCCGUUGUUCCAUUAUAUGCUUCCUUUCUCUGCAGCUCAUGGUGGGAGGUUUGACCGCUCAUUGUGGGAAGCAUAUGUGGCAGCAAAUAAGAUUUUCUCGCAAAGAGUGAUUGAGAUUAUCAAUCCUGAGGAUGACUACGUAUGGAUUCAUGAUUAUCAUCUGAUGGUUCUGCCUACAUUCUUAAGGAGGAGGUUUACUCGGUUGAGGAUGGGGUUUUUUCUUCACAGUCCAUUUCCUUCUUCGGAAAUAUAUAGAACUUUGCCUGUGAGGGAAGAGAUACUUAAGGCGCUUCUGAAUUCGGACCUCAUUGGCUUUCACACUUUCGAUUAUGCUCGGCAUUUUCUCUCUUGCUGUAGCAGGAUGUUGGGUUUGGAUUAUCAGUCAAAGAGGGGCUAUAUUGGGUUGGAGUAUUAUGGUAGGACGGUUGGGAUAAAGAUCAUGCCAGUUGGUAUUCACAUGGGGCAGAUUGAGUCUGUUUUGAGACUUGCAGAUUCAGAGUGGAGGGUUGGAGACAUUAAACGGCAAUUUGAAGGAAAGACUGUGUUGCUUGGAGUUGAUGACAUGGACAUCUUUAAAGGUGUCAAUUUGAAGCUGUUGGCAAUGGAACAAAUGUUGAAGCAGCAUCCAAAGUGGCAGGGAAGGGCCGUUUUGGUACAGAUUGCAAAUCCUGCUAGGGGAAGAGGAAAGGAUCUUGAGGAAAUACAGGACGAAAUACAAGCAAGUUGCAAGAGAAUCAAUGAAAGCUUUGGGCGGCCUGGGUAUGAACCGAUUGUGUUCAUUGAUAGACCAGUAUCUCUUAGUGAAAGAGCUGCAUAUUACGCCAUCGCCGAGUGUGUCGUAGUGGCAGCUGUAAGGGAUGGGAUGAAUCUCACUCCUUAUGAGUAUAUUGUGUGCAGGCAGGGAGUAUCUGAAUCAGAGACUAGUUCGGAAUCAACUGGGCCCAGGAAGAGCAUGCUGGUCGUAUCAGAGUUCAUUGGAUGCUCCCCUUCCCUCAGCGGUGCUAUUAGGGUUAACCCUUGGAACAUUGAAGCAACUGCUGAGGCAAUGAAUGAGGCAAUUUCAAUGGCUGAUGCUGAAAAGCAGUUGCGCCAUGAGAAACAUUACAGGUAUGUCAGCACACAUGAUGUGGCAUAUUGGUCACGGAGCUUCUUCCAAGAUUUGGAGAGGACUUGCAAAGACCAUUUCCGAAGGCGUUGUUGGGGAAUUGGCUUGAGCUUUGGAUUCAGAGUUGUAGCACUAGAUCCUAAUUUCAGAAAAUUGUCUAUUGAUCACAUUGUCUCUGCAUAUUUACGGUCCAAAAAUCGGGCUAUACUGUUGGACUAUGAUGGAACUGUAAUGCCACAAACAUCCAUCAACAAAACUCCUAGUCGAGAGGUCAUAUCAAUCAUAAAUACACUUUGUGGGGAUGUGAAAAACAAGGUUUUCAUUGUUAGUGGCAGGGGGAAAGAUAGUUUAGGCAAGUGGUUUUCUCCAUGCAAGAAGCUUGGAAUUGCAGCUGAGCAUGGUUACCUCCUGAGGUGGCCUACGGAUGAGAACUGGGAGAUUUGUGACCAAAGUAAUGACUUUGGGUGGAUGCAAAUAGCUGAGCCUGUGAUGAAAUUGUAUACAGAAGCUACAGAUGGUUCUUACGUUGAGACCAAGGAGAGUGCCUUGGUGUGGCACCAUCAAGAUGCUGACGCUGGGUUCGGAACGAGCCAGGCCAAGGAGAUGCUGGACCAUCUUGAAAGUGUUCUGGCAAAUGAGCCGGUGGCAGUCAAAAGAGGCCAAUUUAUUGUGGAAGUGAAGCCACAGGGUGUCAGUAAAGGUCUGGUUGCUGAAAAGAUCUUCAGAUCAAUGGCAGAUAGUGGAAGGCAGGCUGAUUUUGUUCUGUGCAUUGGUGAUGAUAGAUCAGAUGAAGACAUGUUUGAGAUCAUCGGCAAUGCUAUGACUAGUGGUGUCCUUUCUUCAAAUACAUCUGUUUUUGCCUGCACUGUUGGACAGAAACCAAGUAAAGCCAGGUAUUACUUGGAUGACACCAGUGAAGUUGUAUUCAUGCUUGAUGCUCUAGCAGAAGCUUCCGACUCUCCACCUUCCACUCCAGAAGAACCUUCUCCUUAAACACCUCAUCAGAAUUUGGCGCUCUCCUCCAAGCCAGGCAAGAAGAUCCCAUGCUGGCCGGUGUUGGCAAGUAGCAAUUGUUUAUGCUCUAUUUGGUAUUUGCUCUGAGGGGGGAUGCCAUUAUUGUUUGGUUAUUUUGAUGGCUGAGAAUGAGAAAAUGACAAUGGCUUGGUCCCGCUGCUUUUGAGACAAACAUUGAAUUACUCACUAAGUGGAACAGAAUUUCAGGUGGGCAAAAUGGAGUAAAAAUUUGAUGGUUGGUUAGACCCUUUUGGAUUUACACUCGAGGAACUUCUUGGAACAGGACGAAAGGUUGAAAUAAAUGCUCCAUCCACAUCAGUGUAAAGGCUAACAUUAGUGUCACAAUAACGUAUGUGGCAUGCAUUUUCAGUUGCUUUCCUCGCUGGGAGGCUACUGUGAUAAGGUGGAAAUUGAUUUUAUGGUAAUCGGUUGAUCUACAUAUCCCUAGUUGAAUUAACAGUAUACUAGUGCCUGCCUUUAUUUUAAAAUUUUCUUCCUCAUCUGGGGUGAGAGCAGUCUCAAUUUUUUUUUUUUACUUGGCAUUAUUCAUCUGGAGUAUUUCCAUUGUUAGUAGUGAUGCUUGUUUGAGUUCAUAUGUUAUGCUACUUCAAAUGAGUGCAUUCAUCUGUCCCUAUAAUGCAAUGCCUAAUAAAAUUUGUGCAUCGUAGAAAAGGUUUAGCUUGAA